GCGGCUGACUGCUUCUGCUCACUUAGCUGCGAGUCCAACCACUGCUCUGACAAAAAGUUGCAGCUCCGUGAGUGGUGGCAUUAUGGAUUUUCUUACAAUAAGCAGCAACAGCAGCAACAACACGACAGCCGGCUACCCUGAAGGGAUGGACGUGGUUGCAGACUGGGUCGGGGCUGAGAAUGGCACGGGGUCUGGGCAUGUGCCAGAUCUCAUGCUGAGUUACCAGAUUAUCACCUCUCUGUUCCUCGGGGCCCUAAUUCUCUGCUCCAUCGUUGGCAAUGCAUGCGUCGUGGCAGCCAUCGCCCUCGAGAGAUCUCUCCAGAAUGUGGCCAACUAUCUUAUCGGAUCCUUGGCAGUGACAGACUUGAUGGUAUCAGUGCUGGUUUUGCCAAUGGCGGCCCUCUAUCAGGUUUUAAACAAGUGGACUUUGGGACAGGGGAUCUGUGAUUUAUUCAUCUCUCUGGAUGUACUGUGCUGCACAUCUUCCAUCCUCCACCUGUGCGUAAUUGCCUUGGACAGAUACUGGGCCAUAACGGACCCAAUCGACUAUGUAAAUAAGCGGACACCAAAGCGAGCUGUGCUCCUGAUUUGCGUUACGUGGCUAAUCGGUUUCUCCAUCUCCAUCCCGCCGAUGCUCGGGUGGAGAAGCGCGGAGGACAGAGCGAACCCGGACGCGUGCAUCAUCAGCCAGGACCCGAGCUACACCAUCUACUCCACGUUCGGGGCUUUUUACAUCCCUCUCAUCCUCAUGUUGAUCCUGUACGGACGGAUAUUCAAAGCGGCUCGGUUUCGGAUUCGAAAGAGCGUCAAGAAAACCGAGAGAGCAAAAGUUUCGGACAAGUGCUUGACGGUGUCUCCGGCCAUCUUCAUGAAGAAAAAGAACGGGGAGAGCGCCGGUGGCAAAGGCUGGAACAAGCGCUGCCACGAGUCCAAGCCCGGGUCCCCGUGCGUAAACGGCGCGGUGAAGCACGGAGACGAGGGCGAGUCUUUGGAGAUUAUAGAAGUUAUCAGCAACUCCAAAACUCACUUACCUUUGCCCAACACCCCUCAGUCAUCGCGGGGUUAUGAGACAAUGAAUGAAAAAAACUCGGGGGCAAAGAGGAAGUUGGCGCUGUCCAGGGAACGCAAAACCGUGAAAACCCUCGGGAUCAUCAUGGGAACUUUCAUCUUCUGCUGGCUGCCCUUUUUUAUCGUCGCUCUGGUACUACCUUUCUGUGCAGACAGCUGCUACAUGCCCGAGUGGCUGGGUGCAGUUAUAAACUGGCUGGGCUAUUCCAACUCCCUAUUGAACCCUAUCAUAUAUGCCUACUUCAACAAAGACUUCCAAAAUGCUUUCAAGAAGAUGCUAAAAUGCAAAUUUCACAGACAUUAAAACAUACAGUGAAAACAUUUGCGUUUACUUACGACUCCGGGCGGGGAAUGUUCACUCUACUGUGUGGAGCAGCAAAAAUGAUAAUAAAAUAACUCACGGACUCAUUCAGGGACAGUCUGGUUAAGGCGUGUAUUGGAGGAUAUAUAACGAUAAAGCACCUCUGAAACGGGUCAAAGGCUGAAAUUUCGUUCUAAAUGUACAAGCUCAUGUUACAUCAGUGUUGUAGCCUCUAAAUAUCCCACAUUCAACGACAAACGU